AAGCAUGCCGCAAAAAUUUCGCAUCCUAACUUUUUUCUUUCAAUUCACGCCAUUCUGAAAUUCUUAAAACUUUACUACAAAUUCAAAGUUGCAAACCACAAUUUGCAUUUCAACAAGAGCUAAUCUAGUCAGAAACAGCCAUAGUACUUGACAGAAUUAAUCUACGAAUUUUUGUUGAUCUUUUCUACACCCACUACCAAAGAUGUCCGCCUCCCAAAAUAUAAGGGUGUCCUCACCAAAACUAACCGCUGUCCAGGCCAGCGAGAACAACAAGGAAAAUGAGUUUCCGGCCGAAAAGGUGACACUGACCAAAUUUUCACUGCCCGAAUCAGCUCAGAAAUUACUGAAAGAGCCUAGCAAGCGGAGACCAUCGUCGUGCAUGUUUGUAGCUAGCCUCCGUUCGACUUGCUCGGAUGACGAGCUCUGUCGAUCUGUGACGCGCCACUUUGAAGUCUAUGGCGAGUUGGCAUCGGUGAAAGUCUUGAGGGAUCCUAUGAACCGACCAUAUGCCUUUGUACAAUACACAAAUGACCGCGAUUGCAAGCAAGCCAUAAAGAUGGGCCAUAACUCCGAAUUGGAUGGCCGCAAAUUGAGGUGCGAGGCUGCAAAAGUGAACCGCACUUUGUUUAUCUCAUCUUUCUCUGAAACAAAGCAGAGCGAUAUUCACCGCUUGGUUUGCAAUUUUGGAGAAACGGAGUUAAUUGCUCCCAGCUCACAGACAGGGAGGGUGAUUGAUCAUUCCUCUCCCGAAUCGAGCUUUAAUUGGUUUAUCAAGUUUUCCUACAGAGAUGAUGCGAUACGGGCGUUUGCCAGCUUGUCCGACAGUGAAGAGUAUCAUGUGGAGUGGGCACAAAAUAUUGAUGAUGUAGCAGUGAAAACCAGUCAGUUUGACAAGUUUGCUAUUUUCAUUGGGCAGUUACCUCCGUCGGUAACGGAAGCAGAUAUCCGGUGCCAUUUUUCUUCGCAUGGAACUAUCAAGGAGGUGUCUAUUAUUCAAAAGCUGUUUACAACAUUUGCGUUUGUGACCUUCGCAGAAGAAGCGGCUGCAGCUAGCGCAGUAGCUCGGGAUAAUCAUUCCAUGUUCAUGAAUAAGACUAUUCAUGUUCAGUACAGAGAACUCACCAGUAAGGCAAACUCAAGAAUUCUCCUCUCUCCUCGGAUCCCUGUCGCCUUGGCACCUCCCCCCAUUCAUUUGAAGAGAUUCUCAAGUGCAAUUCCUCGAUGGCCCACUAGUGUCAGGCCUAAUCAAUUUAACAUCUACUCAGGAGGGGCCAAGCCGCCCCCAGUUGACCAGAGUAACUCGGUGUCCUACUCACAAGAAUACUAUCUCAAGGAAGCUGCCCCAGAGAGAAAUUAUCCCGGUACAGUUCCUAGGUUCCGAGAGACCCCAAAGGUUUCACCACAAAUGCCUGUCUCAGAUCAGAAUAGUAUCUACUACUUGAUUCCGAGCGCUAGACCCAAAAAUUAGAUACUGAGUCGGGUGGCGCGCGCGCUAUUGCACGCACUCGUA